AUGGAAAAAAUGAUGAAAUAUUUGUUUAUAACUAUAUGUGCUAUAAUAAAUUUUAUUAUUCCUAUAAUUCAACUUUCUAUUGGAUUUCAUUAUAUUGUUAAAAAUGGAGAAGAUCCUAAUAAACAAUGUCAAGCAGCACCUGAUUUACCAUUACUUAUGGCUAUUGGUGGAAUAUUUGCACUUUUUUUCUUUGGUACAGCUUAUGGUUUUUUAAAAAUGAUUGUAAUAAAAAAACAACAAAGUGAUGUAUCUGGAAAAAUGCCAAAAAUUCUUGUUGGUCUUGUUAGUUUUACUUUUGGUGCAAUUACAUUUAUUUUUUUUAUUCUUAUACAAAUUCAAGUUUAUACAGCCUAUUCAAAAGGUGUUCAAUAUAAUAGUAAAAUAAUAUUAAAUUAUUGUCAACCAACAGUUAUACGUGGUGCUUUAGCUAUAAUUAUUCUUACAUAUAUUAAUAUGUUUCUAUUUAUUGGCCUUCUUAUAUUUAUUGUUAUUAAUAGAAAAAAAAAAUUAGAAAAAAAAAAGCAAGAAAAUAUUGAUACGAUGAUGGAUUCUAUACAUGUAAGACUUUAA